AUGAAAAAGAGUCGUGAAAGUGAUGUCGUUGAAAGCCUUAAGCCUCCUGUUCCUGAGAGGCCGAAAUUGGUGUCCAAGAACCUGCAAACAAAAGAUGUCCUGGAUGAAAACCUGAAAGAAAAGAACAGGGAAAGAAAUAAUAAAGGAAGUGGAAAAGACGGUGGUUACCAUUCCAGCGGGACGAAGGAAAUUAAAAUCGACCUGGACGACGUUGAAAGAGGAAUUUUAAUCAACGAUGCUCCUCGAUCUGAGAUGAAACCUUCUUGCUUAAACCUGGGUUACGAAGAUGACAAGGAGGAAGAAGAAAGUGACGAUGUCAACACGUCAUUUCAUCAAAAUGAACGGCGAAAGUGGUCGGUUACGUCGGUGAUGGUGUUACCUUCGAUCAGUAUUGCCCAUUUUUCCAAAGAAAAAGAGCUCACUCCCGCUGAGCCUUUGAGAAACGUCGAAGAAAAGAUCACCAUCGAGAAAGAAGAAGGCAGCUGUGAGGGCAAGGAAGAUGAUGAAGAAGACCUUUCUGGGAAAGAAGUUCUUUGUUAUGCGUGGCAGAUUGCUAAGGGGAUG